AUGGAGACUACAGAGACGUAUGAGCAGAAGAGAGACUCCAACACAAAGACCGAGUGCUUCAACUACAUCCGGUUCCUGCAGAGUUACAACCACACGCACCUCUACACCUGUGGCACCUACGCCUUCCAGCCCAAAUGCACCUACAUUAAAGGAGACGACUUCUCUCUCAACCCUGCUGUUCUGGAGGACGGCAAAGGCAAAUGUCCCUACGACCCCGCCAAGGGGCACACUGGUCUCAUAGUGGAUAAGGAGCUGUACUCAGCAACACUAAACAACUUCCUGGGUACGGAGCCGGUCAUCCUCAGGAACCUGGGCCAGCAGCACUACAACAUGAAGAGCGAGUACCUGCCCGCCUGGCUCAACGAGCCGGACUUUGUGGGUUCAGCCCUGGUGCGGGAGAGCAGCGGCAGCAAAGACGGGGACGACGACAAGAUCUACUUCUUCUUCAGCGAGCGAGCGUUGGAGCUGGACUGCGACACGGAGCUCACAGUGGCCAGAGUGGCCCGGGUCUGCAAGGGCGACCUGGGCGGUACCAGAACUCUGCAGAAGAAGUGGACCACCUUUCAAAAAGCCCGGCUGGAGUGCUCCCUCCCAGAGCGCCACGUCUCCUUCAACAACCUGCGGGCCGUCUUCACCCUGCCGGGGCAGGACUGGCGGGGCACCACCUUCUACGGCAUCUUCCACGCACAGUGGGGAGAUGUGGACGUGUCGGCUGUGUGCCAGUACCAGAUCGGGGACGUGAAAAAGGUGUUCGAAGGGUCCUACAAGGAGUACAGGGAGGCGUCGCAGAGAUGGGGUCGCUACACGGGUCCUGUUCCUAGCCCCCGGCCUGGAUCGUGUAUAACCAACUCCGACAGGGACAACGGAUACAACAGCUCUCUGCAGCUGCCAGACGCCAUGCUAAACUUUGCCAAGAAACACCCGCUGAUGGAGGACAAAGCUUCAGCUCGCCCUCUGCUGCUGGCUAAGGGGGUCAACUUCACGAAGCUGGCGGUGGAUCGGGUCAGUGCCCUGGACCAGCGAGCGUACGGCAUGCUCUUCAUCGGCACAGCUGAAGGCUGGCUGCAGAGGGUGGUGAUCCUGGGCUCUGAGACCCAUGUGAUCGAGGAGAUCCAGCUGUUUGAUUCAGCCCGGCCUGUGGACAGCCUGACCAUCUCCCACUCCAAGAAGUACUUGUACAUCGGCUCUCGUUCUGAGGUUCUCCAGUUGCCCUUGGCCAACUGCAGCCGCUAUCAGUCUCAGCCAGACUGUUUGCUUGCCAGGGACCCCUACUGUGCAUGGGACAACGAAGGUCGGGCCUGCGUCCGCAUCGACCUCCACCGAGGGCCCACCUCCUCCCUCUCACAGGACCUCAUGCUCGAGAGAUUCAGUCGUGGAAAAGCCAAGUUUGAUAAGCCUGUCUCCAUUCCCAGCCCUGAGAACUCCCGUCUGAGAAACGUCACAGUGGUUGUGGGGUCUGACAUGGUGCUGCCUUGCCAACUUGUGUCCAACUUGGCCCAGCCUUUCUGGGUUGUCAAUGACCGUGAGCUCCAGCUGGGUGAUCCAGAAGCAGGAGGACCGCGCUUUGACCGAGCCCUCAAAGCCCUAAUUGUCCCUGAAGCAGGCCAGAUGCAAGCAGGCCGCUACAUCUGCUACUCUGAAGAGCAUGGAGUCAAGUUCCAGACAGAACGCUACCAGGUGGCUGUGGUUGCCAGUGCUCCGGUGUUUAUGGAAGCCCGGGCCCCAGACAGUAGCAUGGGCCUCUUCUGGGUGCUGGUCAUCACUUUAGGAGCAGCGUGCCUGUUGCUUCUUGUGGCAGCUCUCUACUUGCGCAGGAGGUUGAAGCUGGCACUGGGGAAAGGAGUUGAUAUGAAGCCUCUUGAGAGCACCUUGGUCUACCCCGUCACUCUACCCAAGGAGCCACCCACCUUCGUGCCCAGCAAGAUGCCAAGCGAUGAAGACCGAUUUUGGGAGACCGGCGCUAACUACUACUACUCAGACGGUUCGCUAAAGAUCGUUCCCGGACACGCUCUGGGGCCCAGCAGCGUCAGCAGCACGGCGUCACCCAGCGCCAUUCCCGGCCAGCCCAUCCACUCCCCCAGUCGCCUCAGCCUCACCAAUAUCCGAGGCUCUGGUAGCAAUGGCUACAUCCGCCUCAACCUGAGUGCGGCAGGGGAGGAGAGGGCUAGCGGUGUUGGCGCUGGGGGCGGCGGGCUUGGAGGUCUGGGCGUGGGUGGGAACGACUACUCCAGCCCCUUCAAGGAGGAGCUUAGACGCACUCUACAGCAGAGAAGCAUCCUGCCAGACGCAAACCCUGAGGAGUCGUCUAUCUAGGCCUGUCUUCUUGAUUCCUUGAGGUGGAAAAACAAAACAACCAACCUACCUCCCUCCUACUGAGGAUGCCCGCUCUCUGUCUGUUGACUCCCAUGCGCCCUGUCUCACUCCAAUGCCUGUUUGGCGCUCCAUAGACUUUUAUAGCACACAGCAUGUUGAAAACACACUAAAAUACUGAGUUCACCAACAUGCAUU